AUGAGAUGUGUUGUCCACAUUUUAAACUUGGUGGUGCAAGAUGGUAUUAAAAAGGUUGAUAAGUUGGUUGAGAUAAUUAGAUGGGCGGUAAAGUGGAUUAGGCAAUCACCUUCAAGAAUUAGCAAAUUCACCAAGUUUGCCAAGCUUGUUAAUCCGAGUACAACGAAACACUUGGUAAGAGAUGUUCCAACAAGAUGGAACUCUACUUAUCGUAUGUUGAAUAUUGCCCAAGCUUAUGAAAAAACUUUUGAGAGAUACAAUCUAAAGGAAUAUGAGUUUCGUUCCGACAUUGAAAAGGCAGGUUUAUCGAUUCCUUCACCGAGCGAUUGGCAACAUAUUAGGCAUUUGUGCCAUUUUUUAAAACCAUUUUGUGAUGUUCCUGAAAGGAUUUCUGGGACACUAUACCUAACAUCAAACACGUGCAUUGAAGAUAUUUAUUCCAUUCUUACACUCUUGGAUGAUGUUAUUUCCGAUGCUAGCCUUUGUGAUAUUGCAUUGGCAAUGAGAGUAAAGUUUGAUAAGUAUUUUGACGAUGUAGAAAAAAUAAAUUUAUUGCUCUACUUUUCUUUGAUUCUUGACCCGAGGAACAAAGUAAAAUAUUUGGUUAUACUACUUGAGGAUCGUUAUAGAAAAGAAAAGAUGGAGGAGAAAAAGAAAUAUAUUAUGGAUUCUAUGUAUAAAUUAUAUAAUGAUUACAUUAGAAUCCAUUCUCCAAGUACUACUUCUAGUACUACUGUGUCUAGUAAUUCAUCGUCGAUUUUAGGGAAACGCCAAAAUCCGGAUGCUACGACACCAAAACCACCAUUGAGAAAUAAGCUAAGAGAAAAUAUGAAAACAAACAUAGUUGAAUCAAUUGGUGAGUUAGAAAAGUAUUUGAAAGAAAGUGUUGAAGAAGAUUCGUCAACGUUUAACAUUUUAGAUUGGUGGAAAGUGAAUAGUAAAAGAUUCCCGAAUCUAUCAUUGAUGGCUAAAGAUUUGUUUGGCAUUCCUGUCUCAACUGUGGCUUCGGAAUCUGUUUUUAGCACUAGCAGGAGGGUUUUGGAUCCGUAUAGGAGUUCUUUGACUCCUAAGAUUGUUGAAAGUAUAAUUUGUACCCAAGAUUGGCUUCGGGGUGGUAUAAGUGACAACAUCGAUUUUUAA